GUAAACCUGAGCAAUUUCUCACCACGUCUUUGUUGCGCCACCGUUCAGCGGGUCUCCUCGGCGCCCACAGCUCGUUACUCGUUUCGCCCGUCCUCCACACUGUGUUUACCAUCACUACCGACCGUAAUUUGCAUAAAGUGGCUUUUCCCCUCAGUAACACCCACUGCAAGCUGCACACUGCACAGUACGGCCCAUAGCCCCUCCGUCGCGCAUAUCACCCGUCACUGUCAGAUGCAGCUAACGCUGGGUCAAAUACAGUCUUCUAUCAAACGAUGUUCAUACUCAUAUAACCAGUUAUCGCAGGAUCUGGAUUGGAAUGACUAUUUUACCUACUUACACGUAUCAUCGCCUCCUUGCCCUGAGUAGAAUCCUCUUCGCAAGGGGAAUAUGUUCCGGUGACUGCCAAUCAAGGGAGAUUUAAUAAGGAAAAGAGGAUGACCCUCUUCCUUCCUUUUUGCCACGCAUUCGAUGCAUUUGACGACGUGGAAACGAAUGGGAGCGGUCCACGCGUGCUCCGACCCUGCAGAGUGAGUACUAGUAUAUUUUAUCAGGCCAUUCGAAGCCAGAAGAAAGCAAUGGUUCUCUUCCCUUCCUUAUGUCUUGUCCUAGCAACUGGAGCGAUUGCUACAGGUGUCUUAACAGACUCACACACGAUCAGCGAGACUUGCGAGGUCAUUGCCGCUGCUGUCUCCUCCGCAUCCGCAGUGCACUACUCUGGACCUUCGUAUGAGGAGGGCAUUCGUCAUUGGGCCUCCUCAAGUACGGAGCGGGCGAGAUGUUCAUUCGAGCCGGGCACUCCCUCAGACGUUGUGAUAGCGCUACAAAUUCUGGGGAAGAACAGGGUUCCUUUUGCUGUUAAAGGCGGCGGCCACACGCUGAAUCCGGGCUUCUCCUCUACCACUGGCGUACAGAUUGUGAUGUCUAGGUUCUCAGAAAUCGUGUAUGAUCCCGAAUCACGGACUGUGACUGUAGGGGCCGGUGUGAUUUGGGAUGAUGUUUACGCCGCUCUCGAGCCUCAUGGCGUGAAUGUCGUUGGUGGAAGAGUAAGUGGAAUAGGUGUCGCGGGUUUCACUCUUGGUGGAGGAUACUCGUGGCUAACGAAUCAGUACGGCUUGGCGCUGGAUAAUGUCGAGUCCUUCGAGUUGGUUCUGCCUGACGGCGCAGUGAUCGAUGUCACGGAAUCAUCACAUCCUGAUUUAUUUUUUGGUCUCAGGGGAGGUUAUGACAAUUUCGGUAUCGUAACGAAAUUUAUUUUGAAGACUCAUCCCCAAGGGCAAAUCUGGGGUGGGGUCAUCAUCUAUCCCGAGGCUUCUGUCAAUCAAGUUAUCCGUGCGACUGCCAACUUCUCAGCGAAUAACAGCGACCCCAAGGCUCAGGUUAUCAUGACGACCAAUUACGCCGCCGGAAAUCACUUACUAGUCACCAUACUUUUCUACGAUAACCCAGACCCAGCACCUGGGGUCUUCGAUACCUUCUUAGACAUCCCAGCGUUGAUCAGGGAUAUCAAGACGCGGUCAUUCCUAUCUCUAGUCCUAGCAACUUCUUCAUGGCCGGAGACGGAUUCACUGCCAUUAGCGACGGGAGUGGAGCUCCUCCCACAAGGGUUGGUGGUCGAAGAACUCUCCUCGUUUCAGUCAUCCGAAGCUGCCCCAGUCAACGCUACUCUAUCAUUGCGUGGGAUAUUCGCCACCGUGACUGUGACAGAAUUUUCUGCGGACCUAAUCGAAGCUGCUAUCAACGAGUCCAUCCACUGGGGACAAACGUUGUUACCCUUUUCAGGGGUAUUCAUUUCGUACGACUUCUCCCCCGUGAUGCCGGCGGCGCUGGGACACAGCUCUACCCCAUCUGCCUGGCCGCCCACGCAUAAAGACGUCGUGAUGCCAAUUGUUCUAUACUUCGCGUGGAUUUCUGAGCUAUCGGACGGCAUGAUGCAUGACGGUGUUCGGCAAAGCGCGUCUGCACUCCUUGAUAAAGCGGACUCCCUUGGCCAGGACGUCAAAGAUGCCCCACUCUACAGCAACUGUGCCCUCUUUGAUACUCCGUUGGAGCGCAUGUAUGGCAAUAACGUUGAGCGACUAAGGAAAAUCAAGAACCACGUCGAUCCUUACAACGUGAUGAAUCUGGCAGGUGGAUUCAAGUUCUAAUUUGAUCAAUAAAUGGAAGAGAAGGAAUGACCAUCUUCCUUGGAGGCUGCGAGAGAGUUGUAGGCAGGGAAAUCCACUUACUGUUCGUAUAUACUAGGGAAAACCUCUGCAGUGCGCGCACUACUGUUGUAUUUGAAAACUUAGACACUCAGAUUGCGUACCGCGGGCAGGUCGUU